CCCGGCACCCGGAGCCCAGUGCCUCCAGAUUGCCCUGACGGCCACCAAAGCAUCGCCACGGCCGGCAGACGUCUCGGUACCCGUGGAGCCCAGGCUGUUACUGCUUUGUUCUGGUUGCUCGAUGCGGAGUCCUCUUCCCAUCCUACAUCCCUUCGGCCAGACUCAAAGAAUGAAUCAGCAGUGGAAGAGAAAAUAGUACAAGCUGACUACCUGAGAUGAAGAUGUUUUAUUUCUGGGACAAACAUCUGUGGGACCUGUGAUAGCAAUGAUGGCUGGCUGUGGUGAAAUUGAUCACUCCAUAAACAUGCUUCCUACAAAUAGGAAAGCGAAUGAGUCCUGUUCUAAUAGCGCACCUUCUCUAAAUGUACCCGAAUGUGCCAUUUGUCUGCAAACAUGUGUUCACCCAGUCAGUCUGCCUUGUAAGCAUGUUUUCUGCUAUCUCUGUGUAAAGGGAGCUUCAUGGCUUGGAAAGCGAUGUGCCCUUUGUCGACAAGAAAUUCCUGAGGAUUUUCUGGACAAGCCAACCUUGUUGUCACCUGAAGAACUUAAGGCAGCAAGUAGAGGAAAUGGUGAAUAUGCGUGGUAUUAUGAAGGAAGAAAUGGGUGGUGGCAGUAUGAUGAGCGUACUAGUAGAGAGCUGGAAGAUGCUUUCUCCAAAGGUAAAAAGAACACUGAAAUGUUAAUUGCUGGUUUUCUGUAUGUUGCUGAUCUUGAAAACAUGGUUCAAUAUAGGAGAAAUGAACAUGGGCGUCGCAGGAAGAUUAAACGAGAUAUUAUAGAUAUACCAAAGAAAGGAGUAGCUGGACUUAGGCUGGACUGUGACACUAAUACUGUGAACCUAGCAAGAGAGAGCUCUGCAGAUGGUGCUGACAGCAUAUCAGCGCAAAGUGGAGCUUCUGUUCAGCCCUUGGUGUCAUCCUCCAUAAGACCCCUAACAUCAGUUGAUGGUCAGCUAACCAGCCCUACAACACCUUCCCCUGAUGCAGGCCCGUCUCUGGAAGACUCUUUUGCUCAUUUACAACUCAGUGGAGACAACAGAGCUGAAAGGAGUCAUAGGGGGGAAGGAGAAGAGGAUCAUGAGUCACCGUCUUCAGCCAGGGUACCAGACACCUCCAUUGAAGAAACAGAAUCUGAUGCUAGUAGUGAUAGUGAGGACACACCUGCUGCCACCACACAGCACUCCUUGACCCAACAGAGACUCGUGGUUCCCAACACAAACCAGACAGUGGCUGAUGGGUCAGACCGAUCAGGAGCAGGGGGUGGAACAGUGAGUGUGAGAUCCAGACGGCCUGAUGGACAGUGCACAGUAACUGAAGUUUAAAUGAGUAUCUUCAGCUCUGCACUCAAGAUUGAAAGGAUACCUGUAAAUUUCUGCCCACAUAAGAUUAUACUCAUCUCCAGUAGUACAUUUUGGGAGUUGGGGUGGGAAGGGUAUGGGAAGGACAAACCUGAAAUUAAAAUGUCUAACAUGUCUCUGUUGAGAAACUAUUUAACAUAAGGAACUUGGGUGUUAAUGAGAGCUGUUCAGUAAUAACUGAGUUUUCUUGAUGUCUGUUUUUUAAAAAAUAUUAUUCAGUUCUUUCACCCAGAGUGUAUACUAUUUGUGCAUUAAUGGUCCUUGUCUGACUCCUGCACUGUCUUAUUUUUCUGCAUGGAUUGGCAUAAAAUCAUUAAUAAAAUUUGACACCUGUGAGACAUUUGAUAUCACAAGCAGGAAGCUACAUGUGGAACUAGAUGUGAAUUUGGGGUAUAAAAAUAGGUGAAUAACAACUAUGUUAUCCUAGAGUGACUAAAAUGGAAAUGUAAAGAGAACAGCUAAUAACUCAUGUUCAGAUUCUUUGUGACACUUCAUGCCGUUCCUUCCCAUAGGCUUUGCUGUCUAGUCCUUGUAUUUGAGGUUCCUCUUAGUCUGCAUUUUUCUUUUUGAUUAAAAAUUUAUAAUUUAAUAAAUACUAGAGUUUAUC